UACUAUUCAUUUCCACCAAAAUCUCUCUAGAAUCUUCCAACGCAGAUCUUAUAAGCUAUUUUUCUCUUCCAAUACUUUUUCCCUUACUCCUUUUCUGUUUCGUUGCUCUCAUCUUCUCAGUAGCGAGGGGAACUUCCCUUACUCAUCAAGUUACUUUGGUAUCUUUAUUGCGUGGUUAGUUCUGUUGAAUUCCUAGGUCCAAGACUUUGCAGCUGAACAAAUAGCAUGGCGGGUCAGAGCUCCAAUGAAGGCUCCAGUAUUGGCAAUAUUUCAGAGGGUUCAGAAUCAACUGUUCAGCUCAAUAUCAAGACUCUAGAUUCUCGUAUCUACAGUUUUCAAGUGGAAAAAAAUAUGCCUGUUUCGUUGUUCAAAGAGAAAAUUGCAAAUGAAAUCGGUGUCCCAGUAAGUCAGCAACGGCUGAUUUUUAGAGGAAAGGUCUUAAAGGAUGAGCACGUUCUUUCUGAGUAUCAUGUUGAGAAUGGGCAUACAUUGCAUUUAGUUGAAAGACAACCAAAUCAGUCACAAGCUUCUGGUACGAGUUCUGGGGAGCCAACUGGUACUGGUACAAGUGGUAACCGAGGUAAUGAUGUAGGCUCAGGGGCUUCUCGUAAUCGUGUUGGGCAAAUUUCGCACAGUGUUGUUCUUGGGACUUUUAAUGUGGGGGAACAAGGUGAAGGCAUUGUUCAUGACCUCAGUCGGGUUAUUGGGGCAGUUUUGAAUUCUAUUGGAAAUGGUGGCCAGAACACAAUUAGUGUUCCUAAUGCUACACAAACGUCUUCGGCUCCACCAGGGAAUGGAACUGAAGAAAUGAAUGCUGGAAAUCAAAACCUAGCAGGAAAUCAGGCACAGUCCGGGCAGACAUUUCCUGUUCAAGCAUUCCAAUCUCUGUCUCAAGUUGUUCAGAUUCCUAUGGCUGCAGGAGCUAUACCCGCUCCUUCUCUCAAUGCACCAAUUCCUCAUUCAUUGAACACACUGUCUGAGUUUAUAAAUCACAUGGAACAGACACUAUCACAAUAUGGUUAUGCACCGAAUCUGUCUUCAACUAAUCCUGGAAAUCAACGAGUUGAAUUGCCAUCCAAUGCACAAGGGUUGCCGACACUUGAAGCGCUAAGCACUGUCUUGCGUCGUGCAGAACAGUUGCUUGGUGGUCACGCUGUUGCUGCGCUAUCUCACAUUGCAGGACGAUUGGAGAGAGAGGGUACUUCUUCUGAUCUACAUAUGAGGGGUCAAAUACAGUCAGAGUCAAUGCAAAUAGGACUUGCUAUGCAUCAUUUGGGUGCACUUCUACUUGAACUCGGCCGAACAAUGUUGACACUGCAUAUGGGACAGGCUUCUGCAGAAUCUGUUGUUAAUGCUGGACCAGCAGUUUAUAUUUCUCCUUCAGGGCCAAAUCCUAUUAUGGUGCAGCCCUUUCCACAUCAGACAAGCUCCCUCAUUGGUGGUCCUGUUCCUUCUUCAACUCCUGCAACAUUAGGCGGUACUGGGAGUGCUCCUAGGAACGUAAACAUUCAUAUACAUGCUGGUGCGUCUCUUGCACCAAUUCUUUCAGCAAUCAGUUCUAGGCCAAAUAAUGGGGAAGGGACAAGAGGUGAACACCGAAAUGAGCCUGGCUCUAGUGAUUCAAGUUCUGCACGGGUAUUACCUAUUAGAAAUGUCAUAGCAGGAACUCUUCCAUCACACCCUCCUGGUGUUGGAGUUGCUAGUAGCACACAAACUGGUUUUGGUGUUUCUAUUUCACAGCCACCACCUGACUCAGCUCCAUUGUCGUCUGUUAGAAACUUUGUUGGUCAAAUGGAAUCAACUAGCAGGGACUUGUCUUCUGGGUCUGAAUCAAGACCUGCUCUGGGAAAUGAACGGCUAGAUACCAUAGGGAUGAAUGGCUUUGGGGCUGCCAGUACAUCUUCAGCUGGCUGUGCAUCUGAAAGUGGGGUACAGAAGCCCCAAAAUGAGGCAGUCCAAACCUGUAGUAAUGAUGAUAGAGAUGUUUUGGUCGACAAAUUUGUUUCGAGUUCUUCCAAUCAAGAUUUGCAAAGUUGUUCUAGUGGAGAAACAAUAGUAAAAUCAGAAAAAGUACAUGAUGCUCCAUCUGUAAGUGAAAGACAAGAUGUAACUGUACCUGCCAAAGCUGCUCCACUAGGAUUGGGUAUGAGUGGUUUGGAACGCAAGAGGCGAACAAGACUUCAUCCUCCUGUAAGUAAAGGUGCUGAUGAUGGAUCAUCCAGUUCUUCUGUCAAUCAAAGUCAGCAAACCAUAACAGAUGGUCAGCGGAUAUUGCAAAAUCUUGCAAGUCAUGGAUCUGCUGUGAAUUCGAGAAAUGCCAAUGGACCAUCCGAGCGGCCCUUUCCCUCUAGUGAUAGCCAGAUUGAUGUGGCUGGUUUGAUGUCUCAGGCUUUACAUAGCCCUGCUUCACAACAAACCAGAGUCAACUCACCUGAUGUCUUGAGGAAUAUGUUGCAGCAGUUCACACAAAGCCCACAGUUAAUGAGCGCGGUGGAUCAAAUGGCACAACAGUUGGGCAGUCAAGAUAUGGGUAAUAUGUUGCAGCAGUUCACACAGAACCCACAGUUAAUGAACACGGUAGAUCAAAUGGCACAACAGUUCGGCAGUCAAGAUGUGGGGAGUAUGUUUGCUGGAAUGGAAAGAGGACAGGGUGGUGGUAUUGAUUUGUCAAGGAUGGUUCAACAGAUGAUGCCUAUUGUAUCUCGAGCCUUUGGUGGGGGAAUUCCUCCCUCACCAUUCUCUGCUGCUGAACCAGAACCCCAUGCACCAAACAGAGAUGGAACACUUAACAGAGAUGAAAAUUCUGAUGAUCAAAGUUUACAGCUUGACCUUCAACUAGUGGCAGAGAGGAUUGAGCGCCUGAGUCCACCUACAGAUGUUUUCCGUGCUGUAGCUGAACAUGCUGUCGAGCUGUCUGGCGGUGGAAAUAUUUCUGAUGAUCUUAUAAAUGAGUUAUGCAACAAUGAGAGUCUUGUCAGCGAGUAUGUGGAGAUGUUGCGAUAUGAUGCAAGUCAGCUACUUAAGGGAGAUUCUGAGCCGGACAACUCCUAAUUCAAGUUUCUGUGGAUAUUUACUUUCUGCUUUAUUGCUUCUAUUGCGUGUCGCAACUUUUUUGACGGAUCAUUUUGACGUGUUGCCCCUCUCAAAAAGUAAAAUGAGUUUCGGCGUGUUGUGUCCCCAAUAAUUUGUUGUUCUGGAUCAUUUUGACGGACUUCCAGAUCAUGUGUGAAAAUUUAAAUAUACACCACAUGCCUGUGAGUUGUUUCAAAUGUAACAGUAAAGCGUAUAAGAGCCUCUGCUGUUAUUCAUACUCUGUUAUGUCUUUCUGACUAUAUCGUCAUUUGGACUCAUUUUGGACUUAUCAAAUAGUCUUGUACAUCUUGUGCUUUCGUUAUUUUGUUUUGAUUUUUGUUUAGUUUGUUUCUGUUUGUUUGGGGGAGAGGUGAAUUGUUCAUUCUUAACUUAUACUAGAACGGAGAAUAAUAUAUUUUAAGGACCCUACAAUUUGUCCGUUGAAGUCUAUUAUAGCUACCU